AUGGCUCCAUCACCCGACGGCAGCCCCAGCGCAUCCCGCUCUCGCUUGAUUCGGGAAAUGUCUCAGAGCCUGAGGGAGUCACGCAGUUCGCCCCUUCCUCACCCGUCCUCCUUCGCCCACCAAGACGACACAAACACUCUGCCCAGCGCCGAGCUCGACUUGAACACCGACUCCACCUUCGACCCCGCCCUGGACAACGCCCCCGAGUCCACCAACCACCGCGGCUUGGACGACGACUCUCAGCCCGUCACCAACAUGCGCUCGAGCGCCGCUAGGUUCAAGUACUGGCAACCCCCGAAGCCCGACCAACGCAUCGACACCUCCCAAGUCCAGCAGGAAUUCCACGAUUUCUCCGACAGCAACGAGCUUGAGGACAGCAGAUCCAUCGAAAUUGGCCGCGGUCAGCCCAGAAGCAAUAAAAACAACCCCAACAAGUUUCUUGGUGACAUGUCGUUCAGCAUCGCCAACGACAGCCUCUACAACCUCUCGGAGAAUGCGCGCCCAAAGCCGCGCUCCACCCCGCGCAAGAGCGACGGCCUUGAUCGCGCCAACCUUCGACGCGACGCCCAGCUCCGACGCGCAUCAUCUCUGCCCCAGAAGGACCUUGAGAACAUAUCCGCACGCUUGGGCAAGAACGGCGAGCGCGUCUCGCCGAGGAAGAAUGCCACUCGUCCCAACUUGGCCAGGCUAGCCGCCGAAGACGACGAGUCUUUCAUGGAAAGGCCACCUACCGGCACCUUCACCGCAAAGAACCCACGUUUCGGAAACCACGCCCGUCAAGCUUCCGGAAUCGUGAAUGAUACCCCAAUACAGACUCCCCAAAAAUCCCUCUACGCGACCCCUCGCGCUGCAGCGCACAACACCGGCACUGGCACACAUCAAUCAUUCAUGCUCCCGGACCUUCCGAACCUCACUGAGCUGGUCUCGGGCUCUUACAAGGAUGGGACACCCGUCUUUUCGCGCAACGCAAAGUCGCGGUCGCGCUUUGCUGCCGCCCCGAUUCCUAGUCGUUUGAGGGAGGAAACGACUGAGAAGCACACACCCAUUGAAAGCGUGCCUAUUCCAUCCGAGGAAAAGGCUCUGUAUACCUCUCUCCAGUUGCUGAGGGACAAGCUUGCCCAGAUGGAACAAGACAAGGCCGAAUCUGAAAAGAAGUUCGAAGAGUAUGAAGCCCAAGUCGCCGGGCUGAGAGCCGAGCUCACUGCACGGGACGAGAUGCGCCGCAGUGACAGCGCACUGGGAUCCACUGAUGGUGAGGGAAACAAGAAGGAUAGCUGGCGAAGUGAGAAGACGCGCUUGCAAUCUCAAGUCGACUCCCUUCGCAAUCGUCUGGAGCGUGCGGAGCGCAAGCACUCUGUAAACGACAUCGCUAAGAAGAGGGUCACUGAGGAGCGUGACAAUGCCGUAACCCAACUCGGCGUUGCCUUUUUCAACUCGGAGGAGAUCAAGACGGAGCGUGAUGAGCUCUUAGCUGAAAACGAAGGUCUCCGAGAGGAGGUUGACGCCCUUCGCGCUGAGAACGAUGAGCUGCGCGAUCAUCUCUCCCAUUACGAAGAACAGACUAACCGCCUCCAAACGAACUCGGGCCGGAAAGACAGUGCCAUCAGGAAAGAGAACGAAACGCUUCACACCGAGCUUAAAAAGGCCCAGGCAGUUCAAGCCGAGCAUGCCAAGCUCAAGAAGGAGAGCGACGCCCUCAAGGCCCAGGUUGCACAGAUCAAAGCCCAACGCCAGGAAGAGGUCAAGCAAAGGAACAACAGAGAAGCCGAGCUGCGCACGAAGCUCAACAAGAGAGAUGAGACAAUCCAGUCACUCAAGGGCCUCGGUGGAGAAGAGGCAAACGACAUUCUGCGGGACGAGAUAGAGGAGAUGCGCGUCCUAUUGGCCGAAUUGGAGAAUCAACGUGAAGAUGAUGCGCAGGAGUGGGCCCGCAAGGAGACCCAUCUUCGCAAAAAGGUCGAGAAGAGUCGCGAGGCGGCCAAGGAGGCGCGGGACAUUACCAAGGAGCUGCUGAAUGUCAGGCGGACAAGUUCGCAACGUCGUUCUUCCCACGAAGAGCCCACCGAAAACCCCACGCGCACCGCGGACAGCAGACAGAGGCAGACUUACGGGAACCGCAAGGUGCAGGAGUCUUCGUUGCCUCGUUCAAGUUCCAGGACAAGACCUGGUGCAGUCAGGCCUGAGCGGCGCUCUGUAUCCAACCCUCAGCCGACUGCUCACGAGGAUGCGGACAGUGAGGCUGAAUCCACGACCGACCUCGAUGCCUUCACGCACUCCCGCGACACUCGCACUGCCACCCGUUCGAUGCAUGGUGCCGUCCCUGAUUUGCUGAACAAGGCUCAGGAAACCACUGGUGACACCACCGAGCUGAGCUUCAUGGGUCGAGACGAGAUCGCCCGCCUUAGGAAGAGGCUUGAAGAGGAGAGGGUCGCUGCUCGUAGGGAGUCGCGCUCUGCGUCUCGGACGCGAUCAGCACAGGAUAAUGCUGUCCCUCGCAAGUCGUCCAUGAAGGAUCUCACAAGCGCGUCUCGUCCAAUGGACCUCACUGAGGCCAAUACUGGUCGCAUCCUGACUGCCAACCUUCCAGAGCCCGAUGCUACCGCAAAGGAUGCUACCCAGCAGUCAGCUCGUAGCCAGUCGAACAGUCGCCGCCGCCGCAGCGCACCUACGGACAUGACUUCAGCAUUCAUCAUCCCUGAUAUCGUCAAUGCUCGGCUUGCAGAGCAACAUGAUGAUGUCAACUGCACCCUCUGCCGCAAGGCGUCGUGUUCGGGUGAACACACUGCGCCUGUGGAAAUCCCAGAGCCUGUCCCCGUAUCUGAACGCAUGCCUGACGACAUAGACGCGACCAUGCGCCCUUCGCAGCCUGCUCCGCUCGCCCUGGCCACGGUCAUCAAGGAGCUGCAAGACGAGCUCACCCAUCUCAACCUGCAGAAGGCAGCAUACGACUCUCUGCUUCACAGCCAUGACCCUUCGCUCAGCAGGCGCAAACGCAAGACGGUCGAAGCCAAGAUUUCCGACCUCCUGCAGGCAAUCAGCGCGAAGUCGGAUCAGAUCUACGCGCUGUACGACGUCGUCGAGGGCCAGAAGGAUGCCGGUCAGCUGAACGAGGGGGGCGAGAAGGAGGUGGAGGAGACGCUGUUGAGCGUCGGCAUCGACCCCGAGGAGAUGCGGGAAAAGACGCAGAAGUCGAAGGGGAAGCGCGUCGUCAUCGACGAGAGGGAGAAGGACAGCGAGAUCGGCGGCCUCACCGACGACGAGGAGCUGCCGUGGGAGGGCAUCAGCGAGACUGAGAGCAUUCCCGACUUGAACGCCAGCGCCGGCUGGAAGAGGAAAGCGGUUUAUUGA